AUGGUGAUGUUCAGAAACUCGCUUCACGCUGGCAUGCCCCCUCUCGUAUAUCAUUCACAUUGUUUUGCUCUAACUCUUGUGAUGCGUCAUGGAGGUCAGUUUGAGAAUGUCCCUAAGGCAAGAUACACAUAUGGUUCUGUGAAAAAUGGUAGGAUGUCAAUGGAGGAACAUAUUAAUGAUGCUUUAGAUUCUGUAGAAGAUAGUACUUAUUGUGUGGCUAGUGAAUCUGAGGAUGAUGACAUCAUUUUUAUUGAAAAUGUUGACGACAUUUCUGCAAAUGAUGGUGAACAUGUUGAGGAGAUUCCUCUAAAUGAUAAUGAACAUGUUGUUGAAACCUUUAGUAAUGAUCAUCCUGUUGUUGAAAACCUAAAAAAAAAUAAUGAAUCUGAGAUUGCUAGUGAUAGAGAUAGUCAAAGUUCUGAGGCUGAUGUUAAGUACAUUGAUGACUUUAAGACUGAUCUUGGUAGAAAAGUUAAACCAUGGAUAAAAAGGGUUGUGAAAGACAUUGGAGUUAAUGUUUCUAAACCUCAAGCAUAUGGAACAAAACAAAGGGAUCUGAUUGAAGGUACCUCUAAUUUUCAGUACAAUAAGUUGUGGGAUUGUAGGAUACUUGUUGAGCAUAUUGAGCAAGUUGGGAACUACAUGCUUUUGAAAUGUGACAAUGUGCAUGGGGAAGUUUCAACCUUUAAUGGAGGGCAGUACAAUAAAAAUGGGGACUCACUAGCAUACUUACCCUCAUGCAUGCAGUGCAAUGUACUUGGCAAAGUUGGAUCCAAUUUGAUUUUUUGGACCCAUACCUAUAAGAAGGUCUAUGCUUUUACAAUCCUAGGCGUAAAUGGUGAAAUGUUGUGGGAUAAGAGCGUUAAGGCCAUCAAGGGCCAAAAGAAUGGAAGGGAAGCGCGCGACGCAACAAGACAACGACCACUAGCGAGGUUCAACGACCACCAACAGACAGCAAUAGUCCGGUAG